AUGAAUGUCACGACAGACACGCCGUCCGAGCUCUUCAACUUGGACAGCAUGCGACUCUCCCAAUUGUCUCGCGCAAAAGUAGCUGUGGCGCUUAAUAAUGUGCAUCACGUGCAGAUGAGCAAGACUUACGACUAUAAAGAGCACGUGACAAUGUAUGUGCUUGACGUGUUUCUGCAGUCAGCACCAAGGGGUCUACUAAGUCAAAAUGCGACUGUGCUUGUGACCAAGUCGGCGCAGAGAAAUAGUGUGCUUGAGAGAGAAAUUCAUAGCCCCGAUUUUCAAGUGGAACACCGGUACUCGUCGUUCCGUUCGCUACGCAAGCGCAUUCGUGAGGCGGUGGCAGUACCUAGCGACAAGUCGCACUCACAAUGGUGUCCUUACUGUUCGCGCGUGCGAGAAAUCGUGACGUCACGUGUAUUUCCGUCUCGAUUUCCAAACGGCAACUGGGCUAUAGCUACAGGCUUGCGUGACGUACUAGUUCGCAACCGUGAAAAACGACUAGAGUCAUUCGUGAAUCUUCUCCUGCGUGCCGCCAAGGAUAUUUCAUAUCGAUCUGGAUGUGAUCCAUGUGUCAAGUUUGAAGUGGUGUCAGCGUUGCUAAGCGAUUUCUUGUCAGAGCCACACUCGCGUACAGUGACCAGCUCUUGGUGA